AUGUUGCUGCUGUGGGAUGCUGUUGGAUGGGAGUGCUGCUGUUUGAUGGAACUGAAGCUGGCAGUUUAUAAAAGGAAAUCGAGUGCAAAGGACUCGGUUUUAAAGCAUGGAAACCGAGUGCAAGGGACUCGUUAUUUUCUGAAAAAUCCCGAUAUCAACUCACCAAGGCAGGGUUUUGAGGAGUUAACGAACGAGGUGGUGUUGCUUUGCCAGCUACGCCACCCUAACGUCAUCCGUCUCAUCGGAUAUUGUAUUGAUGAAGGCGAAGGGUGCCUUGUCUACGAAUUCAUGGUCAAUGGAAACCUGCGCCAACACAUCUUGAUCUGCGGCACUGACCACGAUCCCCUCCCGUGGAAACAAAGACUAGCGAUUUGCAUCGGAGUCGCGCGUGGACUGCACUAUCUUCACACUGGGCUAAAGCAUACUAUUAUCCACCGUGCCGUGAAGAUGGACAACAUUCUGUUGGACGAGAAAUGGGAGGCCAAGUUGGCAGGUUUCGGGUUGUCCAAGAUGGGUCCCCCGAGUUUGUCAAAGGCUUUGAUUAGGGUCGAAUCUCAGGUGAGGGGUACUCUCGGAUACCUGGAUCCCGAAUAUUUGAGGACCGGGGAGCUGACCGAUAAAUCCGACGUCUUCUCUUUCGGUGUAGUACUGUUUGAACUACUCUGUGGCAGAAACGCAUUGGAACAUUUGGAAGAUGAAUAUUGUCUUCUGAUUGACCGGGUCAACAAAUGUAAACAAGAAGGGACCAUCAAUGAGAUAAUUGAUCCGUAUCUGAUGGGGAAGAUAGCUCCAGAGUGUUUCAAGAUUUACUUCGACAUUGCCAUUUCUUGUGUGCGAAAUAAGGGAGAGGAUCGUCCAGCAAUGGGUGAAGUGGAGUUAAUCCUUGAACAUGCACUGCAGUUGCAAGAGAGCGCAGAUGCUGCAAGGGAGGAAGGUGAAUAUGACUAUCCCAUUGAUGAAUUAACCUGUAGUGAUUCUCCAAUUGGGAUGUACAGAGAUAACAGAUUUGCUUCUCUUACGGAUUCAGAUACCACCGAAUUUUCCUACAAUGAUUAA